AUUAACAUUUUCCAAUCGCCUACUAAGUAGCGCCAACUGUCAAAACGGGUUGCUACGAUCGCCGCCUGUUGAGUCCGAUUGGAUACGGGAAAAUCACACCUGAAAUCCAGAAUUUUCUUCAUUCGACGAAAAAAACAGUUCAAGUUGAAAGGAUUCUUUCACGGUGUGUGUGCGUUUGUGGUUCAAUUCGCUGAAAUUCAGUAACAGCAGCCAGCAAAGAAAGAAGUUCACAAGCCAGAACGUAUAGAGAACACACAGACUGUUUGUGGUGGACUAUCAGCCAGUGCAGAGCGAGCUAACCGACGCGACCUGCCCCCUCAUCAUAGCCAGUAACGAGCGCUCGCGCGAGGAGUAGGCCGUGAGAAAAAGAGAAAGCAUCGAGAACGUCGUCGCCUGCUUCGUUUGUCGUCCUCCGUCAAUGUGGAUGAGUGUGCAAAUAUCUAUCAGUGGUGAUAUCUGCUGAAGAAGUGGUACACAGUUUUAUUGUGCUCUCGUGGUGGAAGAAAAAGAAAAUAUCCAAGCAAGCCGAGAAAAAUAGUGGCUCCUCUGUUACUUUUCUAGCGGAGAAAGGAAAAACCUGAAGUGCAAGGUGCGUUGACGAAAAAUUCCUGGUGAAGCACUGAUCGCCAUUGCGGGAAGAACUGAAUAUUGUUCGAAAGCGAGUGUGGUGAAAAUUUUCGUUCCCGGGUGAAAUAGGACGGUUCUACGGACGGGAGCGAAUUUCAAGUGGAAAAUUCACAAGGAGGCAGAAAAAUCGACUCCGAAGUAGCAGCGAAACUACAGCGGGAAUCCCAAUUCUAGUAAAGGACGGAAACGGCCACUGCCGGACGAGUCGUGCUCUACGGCUACGGAACCCGCCCAAUGCAUUAGCGCCCGGUCGUGGGGGAAAUAUGAGAAAUGCUGUAACAACCUCAACAAGGCUUGCUGCGCUUCCCACGACUACUGCGACGACCACCACGAUAGCAACGUAGGUGACGCCCGGCAUCGAUUAACUCAUCGCCGCCCAUCGCUAACGGAACAAAAGAAUUGCACACGUGUACGCGCGCGGGCAUCAUCCCAUCACAAGUGGUUCGUGACUUUGAGCGCGCGCGAGAAAGGGGUUUCGUAACUCCACCACGGAUCGAGACGCGACUUGAAGUACGUGAAACGUGAUUAGUGGGUGAUUGGAUUUUUUUUUUCUGUUAUUUAAAGGUUGCUUGUUACGUUUGUGUGUUUCUUCGGCGGUGGUUCGAUUAGUAAUUGGACGGCAAAAUUCUCGCCAGCCUAGUGAACGACAUGGCUGCCCAGCCAGCUUGUACCCGGUUUUCGGACAACUAUGAGAUAAAGGAGGAACUAGGAAAGGGUGCAUUCUCGAUUGUGAAACGAUGCGUACAGAAAUCAACGGGAUUCGAGUUUGCGGCCAAAAUCAUCAACACAAAGAAGCUAACGUCCCGGGACUUUCAGAAGUUGGAACGGGAAGCCCGGAUAUGCCGCAAACUGCAACACCCUAACAUAGUGAGACUGCACGACAGCAUUCAGGAGGAGAACUACCACUAUCUAGUGUUCGAUCUGGUGACCGGUGGUGAGCUGUUUGAGGAUAUCGUUGCCCGGGAGUUCUAUUCAGAAGCCGACGCGUCGCACUGUAUACAGCAGAUCCUGGAAUCAGUAAAUCACUGCCAUCAGAAUGGGGUCGUGCAUCGGGAUCUGAAGCCGGAGAAUCUACUGCUAGCUAGUAAGGCCAAGGGUGCAGCCGUCAAGUUGGCCGAUUUCGGUCUAGCGAUCGAAGUCCAAGGAGACCAACAGGCAUGGUUCGGUUUUGCCGGAACGCCCGGUUACCUCUCGCCAGAAGUGCUGAAGAAGGAGCCAUACGGGAAAGCGGUCGACAUUUGGGCUUGCGGUGUUAUCCUUUACAUUCUGCUAGUUGGUUAUCCGCCGUUCUGGGACGAAGAUCAGCACCGAUUGUACGUGCAGAUCAAGGCCGGAACGUACGAUUACCCGUCACCCGAGUGGGAUACCGUAACGCCGGAAGCGAAAAACCUAAUCAACCAAAUGUUAACAGUUAACCCGUACAAACGGAUUACGGCAGCCGAAGCCCUCAAACACCCUUGGAUCUGCCAGCGCGAACGCGUCGCAUCGGUUGUGCACCGACAGGAGACCGUAGACUGCUUGAAGAAGUUCAACGCCCGGCGCAAGCUCAAAGGUGCCAUCCUCACUACGAUGCUCGCCACCCGGAACUUCUCCAGCAAGAGCAUAAUGGCCAAAAAGGGCGACGGUUCGCAAGUGAAAGAAUCUACCGACUCUUCCUCGACCACGGUCGAGGACGAUGACUGCAAGGCCCGCCGGCAGGAGAUUAUCAAGAUCACCGAGCAGCUGAUCGAAGCCAUCAACAACGGAGACUUCGAAACCUACACCAAAAUCUGCGAUCCGCAUCUGACCUCGUUCGAGCCGGAAGCCCUGGGCAACCUGAUCGAGGGCAUGGACUUUCACAAGUUUAACUUUGAGAAUGUGCUCGGCAAGAGCAAUAAGGCCAUCAAUACGACGAUCCUGAACCCGCACGUGCACAUCUUCGGCGAGGACACGGCCUGCAUCGCGUACGUCCGGCUAACGCAGUACGUCGACAAGCAGGGACACCCGCACACGGUGCAAACCGAGGAAACCCGGGUAUGGCACAAAAAGGACAACAAGUGGCAGAAUGUGCACUUCCACGGUAGCCGCAACGGAAGCUUCAGCAACACUGCGACGCAGUACGACUUUGUCAAUCACAAGUAAACAAGGGCGGCCAAAUAACGGCGGCGGCGGCAUCGGUCCCCGCCGAUCAUCGCCACCUGCACCAACAACGCCGGCCAAUGUAGAAUCGGCGGAAGGGGGUGCGGCCAAAUAGAAUUUCGCUGAGAGAGAAAGAGAAAAAAAAACGCAUCAGAGAACGAGAUGGCGAGAGCGAGAGAGCGCGUGAGCAAACACAAACACACAUACACACACAAGUGAAAUCACUGGAAAUCCAUGGAGCAAAACGUAGCUAAAGAAUAUGAAAAAAAGUCUUAAAUUGUAUAGGAUUUAGGAAAACUCGAUUCGAUGGGAGGGGGACGUCGAAAUGACUCGAGACGAAGAUAAGGGUUCAGCAAAUCGCGUAAACAAGAAAAACAAAUGGUGCAAAUGGUUAGUCACAUUUUGGGUUUGAUGGAAAUCGAGAGAAGAAACCGGUGUUGUUUUGUUUACAUUAAUGGUAGAGAAAAACACGGAAAAUACAAAAAAAAUCGUUUUUGAGAAACCAAACUAAAAGAAUCAGUUAUUUAGCCACAAAGAGUCAUCAACACAAUCGGCAUCUGGGAUAUGGAAGCGUGGCGAAAAUGUGGGACAACCAGAAGAAAAGCAAAGUUAGGCCGUUGCCAAGGGAACAAGGGUCGGGAAUGCAAUGAAGGUAAGGGUCAUAGGACAAACGGAACAGCUGGCCAGAUUUUUUAACUUUUUUCUAUUAAAAAAACAGCAAACUUUUGAUCUAGCUCAAUCGAACUCCAGAAUCCUUAAGUGUUCUAGAAGAGGUAUUAAAAUUUCAUGUAGAAUCAUUAUUGCGCAUUUAGUUCUGCACUGGACUGCGCCCUUAGUCUUCGUAAGUACAAAAACAUUGCAUCAAAUCGAGUUCUCUGGAGAUACCGAGUUGAUUUAAUGCAAUCGCGUACUUUUAUUGACGUUAUCGCACUCCUGAAAACAAGUGCGAUAGUGCAAUGGUGAACUAAAUAAGCAAUAAUAUUCCCAAGCAGGGAUGGGAUCAUUCAUGUGCAAUCACUUACAUUCACUUGCUGUAGAACAAUGUAUUGUGGAUUUACCGGCUACUUGUAUUCUACCGGUUACUUGAGUGGCCGUUACAAAGUAGCCGUUUUCAUAUAAAAAUCAACUUGAUUGUCAAAAAAUGAAUGUCGCUGAAUAGCUAGUGGCAAAGAGAAAUAGCGCAUACAAUAAAAAUGUUUAAAAACAUGUUUAAGUUACUCUUUUUAAAAAACGGCUACUUUGGAGGCCAUACUGAAGCGACCAGUAGAACACAAGUAGCCGGUAAAUCCACAAUACUAGCGUAGCAUCAAUAUUGAAGGCUACAGAAGGCAGCAAGCGCAACUCUCCACUGCGUGAAUGUAAUUUACAUUCACGGCGUGGAGAGUUAUCUUCACAGCUCGCUCACGACUUCGGUAUGCGUGUGCGACCCUAAUGUUAUUCGGCAAACUUUCAGAUAAAACUACAACACAGACAAACAGACGUAACACUUGCAAAAUUUUCAUCGACCACGCUUUUAACGAUCAUUUUAAAUUUUCAUAGUUGUGCCUUUCACAACCAAUGGCGCGCGCAUCGUUUUUCUAUGCGUUUGACGUUUCACACUAGCGCCUUCUGUUGACGAUAUUGCACAACACAGUGAUUCGUGCAACUUUUCCACCAGGUGAUGGUAGUGUGAACUGGCCGAUGGAUUCCCAUGAAAAUCGUUCAAGGUGUUACGUCUGUUUACCUGUGACUACAAGGUUUUUUGAUAGCAUGCUUCUGAACUGAGAUAGUAGCAAGUGAAUGUAACUCUUUGCAAAUGAAUGAUCCCACCCCUGUUCCCAAGUAACCAAAGUUUCGCUUACCAAAACAAAAUACACUUUCAAGUUCCACAAAGUUCAGUUAAAGUUCAGAACCAAACUUUCAGACUGCUUACGAAACUGCAUGAAGCUAGGAGGAGCAUCCUAAACAGCUUUCAAGCUGUUUAGGAUGCUCACAUUAAACUUGAUUGAACUUUACACUGAACUUCCGGCAUUGUACGCUCCACAGCUUGGAAGCUGCCUAAGAUGCUCCUCGCAACUAUCUGUAGCUUGGUGCUUUGAAGAAGCCUAAAUUGUUAGUUCAACAAAAAGCUUUAUAAAAAAGUAGUCGAAAAAACUAGACCACAUAUUCCAUAUUUUAACCGUAAACCGAAAAAAGAUUCUAUUUUGUGAAACAACGAAGUCACGGUCGCCAUGUAUGUUGGUUAUACAGUUUGAUAUGGCUACCUUGAAGGCAGCACUAUGUGAUUGUGCAUUCAACAGUUUUGACUAAACAAUUUCUUCUAAAUUGGUAAUUUUGACCCUAUAAUGGUGCACCCUUCUUGGCAACGGUCGUCAUGAAUACAUUUCCACGUGGCAUUAAUUUUCUUUGAAAACUCAUUGAAAUAAUUAGAAUUAUCAUCAAAUAAAUCAGAAAAACUCAUCUCUCAACAAAACAUAAAACGCGAAACAAGCAAACGUGGCUAGGAAACUAAGGUGGUUAAUCGUGUCGAAGCAUUUUUUUAUGAUACCAACCUAAAUAUAAACUCAAACAAAUCAACUUACACGCAGUGGCAGUUUUCGUAUCUCUCCCGUUUAUUCUCCCCAAGAAAAAAAAGUAACAAAAAAUUCAAUAUUUCUUAAAUUUCUCUCUAUAAUUCAUGUUCAAACAAACCAAGUAUUUAAAGCAAAACAAGCAAAAACCAAUCAUCAAGUGACGUGAAAACUUUAAAACAAAGUAAAAACAAUGGGUACUUAAAAAAACAAACGCUAACUUAAGAAAAUGCUCUCUAGAACAUUUAAAAAUAAAAACUUGUAAGGAUAAAAUCCAAUCUUAGGUAAAACUGAGAAAAAAGCAACUACUAGUAGAUAAAAUUGAACAACAGAGAGGCAAACAACAACAAGUAACGGAAACCAUAGAAAUCUAUUGAAAACGUAUUAAACUAAUCGUUAGUGCUGUGCUACUUGGAAGAAAAUAAAAACAGGAACACUUUAGACAAGAAACAAAGGAAACGUUUGCUGCUGUGGUGUAAGACACAAGUAGAGCACGUGACGCGAGAAAAAGAGAAAGAGAGAGAGUGAGAAAUGUCAAGUCAGGUGAGCGUAAGCCUAAUAAACCCACUGUCAGCAGCAACCAUAACGGCACAGCAGACACAAAACUCACAUUCACACAGAAAGAAAAAAAAAAAAGAGACGCCCACACAAUCACAACACGAACACGAAGAUAAGAAUGUGUGCAAAAAAGAACAAAAGACGAAAUGGAUGAUAAACAUCGCAUCUUAAGCUACAACUACUACUAUUACUACUUACAAGCAGACAUCGUCGCCAUAUUAGAUAGAAAACGUUUAUAAAUACAUAAAAAUGAAGGAUAAUAUUGAAAGCAAACAAAACCCAACACUAUUUACGCGCAUAAUUGUAACAUAUGAUUAUCACCAAGCCACACGAAAAAAAAAACACGAAGCUAAUUUGAGCAGAAGAAUAGUACCAAACCGCGUAGUAAAGAAAGGUGGUCAAUCGAGUAGGAAUAGAAAGUGUAACUCUCGUCGUCGGAUCUUUUUUCUCUCACUUUCACACACAUGGCUAUCAAAACAAGAUCACACUCACUCACUCACUCACAUUCACAUCGAAUCAUUCUUCAUUCAUUGGCAUAGUCGCACUCACCAAUACCACCGUUCGCAGACACAUACACACGCCCUUGCACGGUGAAACAAAUGAAAACUUGUAGACAUGUAGAAUGACUAGCUAAAUCGGUUUUCAUGCAACCAAUGAACCAAAAAGCAAACUUAAGCGAAAGCUCGAUUAUCUCGGCUUGUUGACCAAAAGAAGAAACUAGAGAAAUUCGUCAAAUGAUACGGUAGCAUGUGCACUAGAAACUUUACGCGGCAAAGAAAGGUUAGGAUUGCGUAUUUCCUUUAUUUUAUGAAUCUUAUCAAAACAGUGGCAGACGAGAUCAGAACGGUUAAACGUUGGUGUGCGUUCCUACCUUUUGUACAGACCUUUUCUGCAGAAGGUAGGAACGACUCUUUCGUGGCGCUUUUCUGAUCGCUUGGUUGGCCAGCUUCACGAUCUUGACAAUUAUUAGCAACGGAAUGAUUAUUCAAGAAAUUUUAAUACAAAAAUGUUGUGAUCUCAUUGAUCCCUGUCCCCUCCGAAAAACGAACCCCCCGUUUUUGCACUAACGACCACGAUUGUAGACAUUAAAUCGAGGAAACAAAGAGUCAUCAAAGUAACGUCGAUAUGACCCCAUAGGGGUCAGAUAGAAGAAGCGACUCUUUUGACCUGGGCUCACCAUCUUGCCGCAUCGCCAGCGGCCAAAUCGAUUUGCGCGAGUAGAACAAAAAAGCGAUAUUUUUUUUUUUCGGAAUCAACGUGAAGAUAGGAAACGAUGACUUCAAAGCUCGUGGAAACUUACUACGGAGAAAGGGAGAAUCCUCGGCACGGCACAAAAAUCGAUUAUUAACCUCGCGGGCAUCCGACCGAACUGCGUCCACCAGAACAUGGAACCGUGACAAAAGGACGAUCCGGAAAGUUAACUGGGUCUUUUCAAAAGUUGCUUACGGUCGUGAAAAGUUUUUUUUCCUAUCUCCUCCGCCUACUGAGUGCGUUGGAAUGCAUAACAACGGUGAAGAAGCUCCGGUUGAGUAUCUGAAGAAACUGAACAAGCGAACCGCGGCACGCGGCACGGAGAUUGAGGAUGAUUAACGAGAGCCGACGAAAGUGAAAAUGGAAAUCAAUCUUCUUCGGAUCGGACCACUUCGGUUCGGGGGAGGGCGAAUUAACCUGGACACUGGAGAAGAAGCGCGGCAGCGGAAGACACCAAGGCCUAACAGAACAUAUAACGGUGUCAAUCCUCGAGCAAAUCUCCGUUUGUCGUCGUGGAUAGUCCUUGCUGGAGCAAAGUGUGCCUCUCGUGCGGCCAUAACCAUGAGGAUUCCGGAGAAACAGCUGUUGUAGUUAUCUGCCAGAAACAAACCCACACCGUAGUAACCGAGGUCGUAGGAAUCCCUCGCCCUGCUCGCGUAAUAUCCAAACCAUUAAUAAUUCAUGUUGGUUCUAGUUGAUUUGUGUUGACGGGGCAUUCAUCGUGUACGUGUACCUUGCCGGGGGCACGACCCGUACCGCCCGCCAAUCGAAACGGGUGGAUGGACGUUAAUGGUGGCAGAAGAAGUAGAAAAAACGGCACGCAAUGCUUCAGCACGAACACAUGCAACACGGAUUUCACAUUACAGAGCUUUCACCGGACCUAUUGUUGGCAGGCGGUGGUGGUUCCGUCACAGUUCAUUCGCCGAGAAAAACAACUUUCUGGGACAAAGUGCAUGCCCACUUAUCGCGGACGAGCAAAUUACAACAGGGCAAUUACGCACUGAUGCAAAAAAGAGCGCUGAAUUUGUUGGUUGCCUAAAACUGCAUCAUCAACUAAGAUCACGUUUUCAUGAUCGUUUUUAAACACAUGGGUGAAAACGUGAUGAACAAUUCACGAAACCUGGGCUGUGAUUUACGGAUGAAGAUUUUUCCGUGCAUCGAGCGUCAAGCACGCGGUUCUGCGUAUCUCAUCCAGUUGAUUAUUUUUUCAAGGGUUCUCGCCGGAAAAAAAAUCCAAUAUCACGAAUCCACGCGUAGUAGGCAUCGUUUACGGGCGCGGGCGGAGAAGCCAGCUAAUAAAUCGCUUUUCUUUUCGAGGUUAUUGGAUACUGGAAGAAGAUAAUUCGGUUCCCGUUUGAGAUGGUGCGCUCGCGAUAGCUUUAAAUUACUAACACGUUCCCGCAAGCUUAGAUACAGUGAGAAAGUCACGCACGUGGCUCACCAACUAAAUUGCUAGCAACGAACGAAGCGUGUCCCACGUGUCAGACAGACUGAAGCUAAUCUGUCACCUGCCAAAAACCGUCGCUGAAUAUUACUGUAUUUUUUUCUGUGAAGAUAAUUUUCAAAGCAAAAUAGGGGAUGUAGCGAUGUAGCAUAGACAAUUUGUUCAUAAUCAUUCACGACAACAAUACAUUGCACGUAAAUGUGUUAUGAUAGUCAAUUUGCUUCUCUCCUAGAAAGCUAUAUGGAGAAUAGACUUGAUGGUAAUGGAAACUUGUUGUGGCUGUUGGAAGCGAGCUCCUAGUUGCUAUGUGCUCGUACAACCACAGAAACGGAAGAAAUCGAAAUGUUUUGAAUUUUUUAAAAACCAUUGCUUGCACGUAAGCGCGAUGCAUUUUUUAUCGUCGUGUUGUGAACCUUCGACUUGAGACGGCGAGAAAGAUGCUACAGGGUAUGGAAAGUUUAAGGAACGGGAUUUGGCUUCCAGUGAGGCAGCUAAAUAAUGCAAUGGGCGAUAAACGGUUGGAUUCGAUGUUUAGAUACGUGGGACGUUUGCACUCACAUAUGCCAUGACUUGACUACACGUAAUAUGCACGUGGAUGAUCAGCAAAUCAUGAUUUUUCAGUAUUCUCAAGGAUGGCACAAUCUCAUCAAUAGAAAGUAAAUGACGAACUACAAAACGAGAAUAAUUGUUCGAAAUGAAUUUUUAAAUACCUAAAUUUUACUGUGCAAUAACGAGUAAGCCCACUUGAACAGCGAUUCUCGCUGGGGAACAGGGUUGCCAGAUGAUUUUUUUUAAAUACAAAACUCUCGUAGAAAACUGUUUUCCAUACAACAAUAAAUAACUCCGCUAACCCAAAUAAUCUGUAUUUCAUACAAAACGCAAUCUGUAUGAAUGUUCUAAAUUCUGUAUUUCUGGCAUCUAUGCUGGAGAACUGUUUCGUAAUAAGUCCGAUUAUGCAAGUGUAAAACAACAUAAAACGAGCUCACCAAAUAUAAUUGCGUGGGUCAUUACCACGAUGACAUCACUUUGUGCAUGGAACAAAGUCAUGUUUUGAAAAAUUUAUUGGAAAAAGUUAUUAUCAACUCCAAGAGAUACUUGUUGAACUACAACCGUAAAUUGGUUCAUAAAUCCAAUAUGAAAAAAAUAACUUCCUAUCAUUCUGAAGGUAUCUCCAGCCAGGUCAGGUAUGCAACCAUUGGAAACACUAAUCAUUGCCAUUGCAAAAAAAAAAGUUAUUUUAUGGAAUGAAAGCGUUACUCCAAAAUCAACAGACACUCCAUAAUGUUUCCCGGCAUCGUCCCAGUACGAUAGCUCUAGGUUGUUGUCGUGUGUUUUCUAUCUUUCAACUUUUCCAAACUCGAUAGCUUUGAACUAGAUCCACAUCCUUUGCGAUACGCUUUACUGGAAUAACAAUCGUAGAAAAAAAUUAAAACUUCACGGUUAGUUAAUUUUAUUGAAACGAAUGUGCAAUGUAAGUCACGAACACUAACAAACAACGCAUAUAAAAAUACUAACACAAGCAAAGUUAAAACUCCACCACUUAAUGCACCGUUUAACUUUCCAUUAUGUCGCACACUUUUUCCUCUUUUUAAACAAAAAUCAAACCAAAAGUUAUAAAAAAGCAGAAUUUUUCCCUCCUCUCUCACACUGUUUAAUCAAAGCGUUCAAAGCGAAAGCUUACCAGAAGAAAGCAAGUAUAGAAAGAAACCCAUCAGCUAAGAAUAUGCAAAGCAACAAAGAUCUCUUUAAAUACACAUAUAUUUUUGAAUAUUCGUUUUUUGACCUUAUACGAGAUGGAAUCACUUGUUAUUAUAUGCAGUUAAUGGGAAGAAGAAAAGCCAUAAACGAUUUAGGAGAAGCGCUGGAAUGCAAAAUAGUAAACGUUAUAUAACUAUAAAAUAGAGAUCAUACAGCCAGAAACACAGACACAUAUACAAUCACCCGUACCUAUACUUGUAAAGAAUGGAAAACAAACGCAAACCCAACCAACCAAAACAAGACAGCAGAUACGGCACGCAACUCUCUCACUCUCGAUUGAUUCAAAAUAAAAAGGAAAAAAAAAACAAAAAAACGUUUGGCGAGAAAACGAAGAAAUGCGAACCCAGAAGAAUAGCGAAAUGUCUGAAAUCCCAGAACGUGUUAACGCGAUUACUACUACAUACAUAAACAAACAUAUAUUGUCGAACGAAAGCAUAGCUCUUUUUCUCUCUUUUUAGUCCCUUUUCAAAUAAUCGAAUUACACAACGUCACAUACAUACACUCUCACACACACCAAUACAACCCUCAAUCCAGAAAAGAGAAAAAAAAACACUAAAAUCCCCUUGAAUCAAAUUUAAAACAAUGCAUUGGUGACGCAAAAGUGUGCGUGCGUGAAAGUCCCAUUCGUUCGUUCGUUCGUUGGUUGAGAUGAUUAUGAUGAUAAUGUUGAGAAGGACAAUGCAAAGUAAAAGUCACAAAUUUGCAUCUAGCAUUUUUUUUUUUGAAUUUUUAAACGUGACCAUAUAUUAAAGUAAAAAGAAAAGAACAAGUAACAACACUUAACAAAAGGAAUAUUUAUAUGUAAAAGUGCGUGCAUUUGUAUUUGUAUUUUGUCUCUUUGAACGAAGAAAACUUAAAAUAUUAUAAAGAAAGCAAAGCAAAAACAGACACACACACACAUACACACAAUCACACAUAAACACAAACGAUUACAAGAAAUUCAACGCGAUUAGAAAUCAGAAAAUUGUGAAAAUUUUUAAGCUAAAACAAACAAAAAAAUGCGACGAUGCGGACGAGAAACUGAAGAAAAAUACCAAAAAGUAACAUGACAACUCAAUGACACACUAACACAUGAACACACGAAGACAGCGACAAGUCACCAGAAUCCAUUCUGAAAGCAGAUUGAAGAAACCAAGAUAAAUCUCAGCAACAAGCUUAAUGUGAAUUGUACGAGCCAGUCUCACAAUUUUAGCAAUCAAAUUUACUCUCUCUCACACCAAACACACUCGUACACUCACACAGAACUCGACACAGCCGGCGCAUGCAUGACACGAUCAUAAACACACACAAACACAGGCAAUACAGAAUGGUAACGAAGAAGAAGAAAAAAAAACCCUGGAAAUCUCAAAUCACACAUCUGCGUCUGUGUAGGAAUGGAAAACAACAACAACCAGAACAACCGAAACAGCAAACAGCAAGAAAACGAAACACGAAUGAAAAAAAAAAAAAAAACAAACGUGACGAGUGCGAGUGCAAACACAGGAGAACGGUAAAACAACAACACACAGAAAUACACAUAAUAUUAAAUUUAAUAUUAAAUUAUAUAUAAAUAAUGAUGGACAACGGCAAAGAAGAAGAAGCAAAAACACGGAAGAAAAAAAAACAGAAAAAGCAGAAAAUAUUUAAGAGUAAAUUGUUUAAUCUAGUCUUCAAAGGUAAUUAAAAUUAAAGUGAAACAUAAGAAGAAGAAGAAGAAAAGCAUGCAGCAAAGAAUGAAACGGAAGGUGGCGUGGAAGAAAAAAAAUCCAACAGAAAGAAACAAAGAGCAAGAAAAAGAAAACUAUUAAAUAUGAAUAAAUAAUUUAAAAGAGAUAAAAAUAAAGGAAAAUGGAAAGAAA